AUGCUUCUGAAUAUGUUAGACCAAAUCCUCUGUUUUUCAGCUUUUAGCUUAGCCAAGGUGAUGCUUAGACCGACUUCACCACGAACUGGUGUGAUUGCUGGAGGAGCGAUUAGGAUCGUGCUAGUGAUGGCAGGAGUAGAGAACGCAUUGGGGAAACAGUUGGGAAGCAACAAUGCUCUCAACAACGCAAGAGCCACUCUUGGAGAAGUGCUAUAG